AUGGCCUUUGCCAAUGGCAUCAUCCAGGCUGGUAUGAGCUGCCAGCUGAUCAACUACGUGCAUCAGGAGCAUGACAAGUUCUUCGAUGUGGUGAAGAACUUUGAUGCCAUUGUCGUGCGAUGCAAUCCUGGACAGAUCAAGGCCGACGGCGGCGACCAGGGCAAGUUCGACAACGGCAUGCGCGAAAUCCGCAAGAAGGGAAUCCAGGUGUGGCCUGCACCUGAUGUCAUGGAGUUCAUGGGUGCCAAG